CCAUUGAGAACAAAGUAGGCUGCCUGUUGCUUGUAGAGCGCAUGCGUAGAUCAUUGUGAUCACGUGGAGCGCGUUUAACGUGUGCCUUUCAUUUAUGUUAACGGUCCAGGUGCGUAAUUUCACUUUCAGAAUACCGAUGAUAGACAAAGAUCUAAACAGGAGUGACAAUCCCUUUGUUUAUCAAUGGCAGACGGUCUGCCUUCAGGAUUACUGGAAGCGUGUGUUAUUGUUGGACUUUCGCAUGACAAACUGAAGGAGCUGUCCCAGGUGAAUGGAAGUCCUUUACCUCAGUUCGAUCCUGAGGUCAUACAGGUCUGUGCACCUCCGUUUGUUUUUAACGUCAGUGAACCAGCAGUGGGAAAUUUCAGCCAGACUCAGCUACGAUGCUCCUUCAUUAAGAAGAAAACUGAUAGGCCUGUUAUUAACACUGGAAACCCCAAGGACAAAAUCACAGAGGAUGUCAGUGUUCCCAAAGACCUGGAUCUGGUGGCUCUGCCACAUCUUUGCUUUCCAGGAGGGCUUCAGGUAACUCGGGAGCAAAAGGUGGAACAGUUUCACUUCCUAGUCUUCACUGACGUGUUUGGAAACCAGUCUUAUGGAGUAGUUCUCCAGUACUAUAGAUCAAUACAGGAAGGGAUGCUGUAUUUGAAUGGACACCAGUCUCCACAACUCUACACUGCUUAUGCGAUAUGUGUUAUAUCAAAACACCCAUAUUACAAUACUCUCAAGGACUGUCUGUCCAGCCUCUUAGGGCAGCUCAAAAUCUGCCAAAUGACUAAUAUGGAAGAGCAAGUGAAGGAGUUCUCUGCUAAACUGGCUCUGGUCCCAGUUCCUCCUCCUGGUCAGCUGCAUGUGAUGUUCACCUUGCAACCUCUGACCAUUGUCCUUCCAUCCAAAGAAGAUAAAAAUCAUCCUGUCAUUGACCUGGACCUGCAUCUUCCAUUCCUCUGCUUCAAUUCCAGAGAGCUGCUGCAGAUCAUAGCCAGUAUACUCACAGAGCAGCGUAUGGUGUUCUUUUCCUCGGACUGGUCCAAACUGACCCUGAUUGCUGAGUGUUUCAUGCUCUAUAUUUGGCCCCUGCGCUGGCAGCACCCACUGGUGCCCAUAUUGUCUCGUCAGAUGCUUGACUUCAUUAUGGCUCCGACUGCCUUCCUCAUGGGAUGCCACAUCAGCCACUAUGAGGAAGUUGCCAUGGAAGCUGAUGACCUGAUUCUGAUCAAUAUUGAUGAGGGAACUGUGUCCUGCUCUCGCUGUCAUUACAUUAACGUUCCAGACACCCCGCAGGCAGCUGCUCAGAGUUUCAAGAGUCGAAGGAAAGGUCUUCAGUUACACUAUGACCUGGAAGUGGUUCAUCAGAGCAUCUGUGGAGAUCUUAAUGAGCUUCGGAUGCAGAGAAGACUCUGGCAACACAGACUCAAUUUGGAAAUACAAAACGUCAGCCUGGAGCUUAUCGUUAACAUGUUUAGAGAUGUCAGGGAUUACCUUAGUUACGAACACAGAGUUUUUAACACUGAUGAGUUUCUCAAGACCAGGGAGCCAGAGGACCAGCCGUUUUAUAAAAAAGUCGUGGAAACACAAAUUUUCCACUCUUUUUUGAAAGAACGUUUGAAUGGAAAGAUGGAUACAUUUACUCGAAUGGAGCGUAGUAUUCGGACAGACGACCAAAAUAGAUUGAAGCGAUCAGUGGAUUAUUCUCGCAGACCCACCACAAAGGUAAUGCUUCUGAGAGGGGAUUCAUCUGAGAAUGGUCUGACUAAACGUCUGAGCACAAGUCUAGCUGACCUGGAUGAUGUGAAACGCCUGAGUGUCCUUAGACAGAUGCCUCCAACUAAAAUCAUUCCUAAAAUGUCUCUGAUUACUCCAGCCAGGCCAGUAAAGAUUUUCCAGCUCCCAGAUCUCCCUACUCCCUUUACGUACCCCAACGUGUGCCAUUACUUUGGGGCUCUUAUUCUCCAGCUGAAAAAAGCCAUAUCAGCUACCCCACCUGAUGAUUCCUCCCUGCUUGCCAGAUACUUUUACCUCCGCGGCCUCAUCAACAUGCUGAACUCUGAGCACUUGGAUGCCCUCAGUGACUUUCAGAACCUCUACAAAACAGAUAUUGAGAUUUUUCCAGGAGAGCUGGUAAAGACGCUGGUUGACUCUCUGCAUAUAGAAGAGAGAGUCCAGGCACUGAAGAGAUCUGAGCUCAAACGGCUCAUCUGUCAGGUAAAGAACAAUGAAAAGAGCGAGCAUAUGGAAUCAGACGAUCACGUGAAGAAGUUCCAGCUGCCCAAGACCCCUAUGCAGCCGGAGGAGUUUGUGAAAUAUACUCAGGAAUCGGGCAUUGUGCGGGACGUGGCUACCACACAGAGAUUGUUUGAAGCUCUCACUGUUGAUGGGCAGAAGCAGAUUGAUCCAGAGAAGUUCAGAGCGUUUUACACCUUCUGGAAAGAGACUGAGGCAGUAGCACAGGAGGUUCUCUUGCCUGCCGACGUCCUGGAAUGCCUGGACAACAAUGAGUGUGUGUACAAGCUGUCCAGCUCUGUGAAGACCAGUUAUGGUGUUGGUAAAAUCGCCAUGACUCAGAAGAGGCUCUUUCUGCUGACCACAGGCAAACCUGGAUAUGUUGAGAUCACCAAGUUUAGGGACAUUGAGGAGGUGAAGAUCUCCAUUGCUCCAUUCCUGCUUUUGAAGGUCCAAUCUCUAAAGAUCAAGAACAGCCUGAGGAAAGAGAUAUUCGAGGCUAAUUUAAAAUCAGAGAGUGAACUGUGGAGCCUGAUGAUCAAGGAGAUGUGGGCUGGCAGAAUGAUGGCAGACAACCAUAAGGACCCCCAGUAUGUGCAGCAAGCACUGACCAACGUCCUGCUUAUGGAUGCAGUGGUGGGCUGUUUACAGACACAAAAGGCUGUUUAUGCUGCCUCCAAACUGGCCUAUUAUGAAAAGCUAAGACAAGAAGUCCCCAUGAUCAUCCCCAGACCCACAGCAGAGACUCUGAAACACAAGAUCAAUCCAUCCCAGAACAUGUCGAACCCUCAGGCUGUUGAUGUCUUGCUAUACACUCCAGGCCAGCUAACUUUCUGUGAGAGUGAUGUGGAUAGAAACCCUAAGCUCUGGUGUGCUCUCAGCUGUGGGAAAGUGGUUGUGUUUGAUGCUGUCAGUUGGUCCCUAAAGCAAAACUGCAUUCAUUUAGGAAAUUCUCGACUGAACUGCAUGAUGGGAUUGGGCCAGGAGCAGGUGUGGAUUGGUUCUCAGGACUCUGUCAUUUACAUAAUCAACACUCACAGUAUGCUGUGUCAUAAACAGCUGACGGAGCACCACCGAGAGGUCACAGACUUUGCCCUGGAGAAACUGAGCCCUGAGAACAGAUUAAGCCAAGCGCAGGUGUAUUCCUGUAGUGCAGAUGGCACUGUGAUUGUUUGGGACGUCCCCUCUCUGAAGGUAAAGAGGCAGUUUCAUCUGCCCUGUGACAGACUGCAGUCCAUUCAAGUUCACAAUGACGCCUUAUGGUGUGGUGCCAGGGAUUGUGUGAUGAAGCUGACACUGAAUGGAGCUGUGCUUCAUAAGAUUUCCCUCCCGGACCAUAUGAAAACCACAGCCAGUGCCUUCAGCAGAGUCACACUCCUUAUGGAGAGAAGAGAGAUCUGGACAAGUUUCACAGAAUCAGCAGAGCUUUGUAUAUGGGACUCCGGUGACCCCAUCAAACCACCCAAACAGGUCACACUCCCCAAUUGCAGUGAGGUCACCUGUAUGAUCAGAGUAAAAAAACAGGUCUGGAUUGGAUGUAGUGGUGGGUCAGGCCUCAGUAAGGUUGUGGGGAAGAUCUUUGUGUUGGACUCUGAGAGCCUUGAAGUUGAGAAGGAGCUUGAGGCCCAUGAAGACAUUGUUCAAACGCUGUUCUCAGCAGAGGACCGAUACAUACUCAGCGGCUCUGCAAAACUUGAUGGCAAAAUUGCCAUCUGGAGAGUAGAUUAAACAAGCUGAGAACAUAAAAUCAAGAGUUUCACUAACAGAGGUGCAUCAGGAUUUGUGACAUGCGAUAGUUCCUCAGUGGUCUUUACAUGGGGGAAAAAUGUUUCUGUGGACCUUGCUUUUUAUUUUCUGAAAUUUGAUUCUUGGAAGAUAAAGAAGAUGAAAGGGAGAUUUAUUUUCUUCAGUUUCAAAAAAUAUUGUAUACAAAAUGCGCAUAGACUUGUAUUUUUUCAUAUGUUCUUCACGUUCUCUCUAAAUAUAUCUGUUCAGUUUAAUGAAUUGCACACACUGUUGCCCUUUGAAAGUGUCAUGUAACCAGUUAAGGUGGUUUUGAUUGGAGUUAGCCAGUGAUGGCACUAUGAGAGCUAACUAGAGUAACCAGCAGGUUGCAAAUACUUAAUCAAGCCUGUUAAGGGAGUCAACAACUACUACAAGGCUGUUUGUGGUUCUACAUCUCAUCUUGUAGAUAUAGUUCAGCAUUUGAAACCUACUAAUUGCUCAUUAGAUGUCCAUUCCCUCUUGUCUUCUUCUCCAGAUUUUGCAUGUUGUAGUCCCAAGAAUUUUAUGUUUCAUAAAUGGCAGUCUAGCAAAUGGUAUAGUCCCAUCUUGUCUAAAGCAUGCUAUACAUACAACCUCUUCUAAAAAGCCUAGACUUGACCUUUAGUUUUUGUAACUAUCGCCAGAUUUCAAAGUUGCCUUUUUUAUCUAAAAUUUUAGAAAAGCCUAUUUAUGCUCAGCUGCUCUUAAAAUUCUAUUUUUGAUAAAUUCCAGUCAGGUUUUAGGUUUAAACAGGACAGAGUCUGCUCUUUUAAAAGUGAACAAUGUUUUAUGCUUUCUGUUGACUCGGGUAAGUGUCCUUACCUGUCCGUUCUCCUUGAUCUUACAGCAGCAUUUUUAUACAACUGAACAUGAAAUUCUUUUGGAGCGUAUAAGUUAGUAGGGAGGAAAAUGCCCUCAAAUGGUUUUAAAGGACAGACAUUCUGUAGUACAAUUACUACAGCAAUUAUUUCUCUGAUUCUGCAGUUUGUGUUUGUGGGGUUUCCUCAGGGGUCUGUUGUUUUCAUAUUGUUUUCUUUGUAUAUGCUACCACUCAGCCUUAUUUGUCAAAAAUAUAAUGUGCAGAUGACACUCAACUGUAUUUUCCAUUGAAGGCAGAUAAUGGCUCUGAUUAACUGCUUAAGUGACAUUAAACGAUGGAUGGCACGGAAUUUUUUACAACUUAAUGAAGCUAAAACGGAAUGCCUAGUGUUUGGCUCCAUUAUGUCACCCACGCAUAUACUUGAUCGUCUUGGCCCUCUACACUGUAAAAUAUAAAAACGGAAAAUAAAAACUGGCCAUUUUCUGCCAGGACAUUAUCCAGUAAUUUUACAGAAAUUUCCAUUAACCCUAAAACACAACCCAAUGCAAUGCAUAAUUCAAAAUAGAAGUAAAACAAAAUGUAAAAUUCCUUCAUAAUUAUACAGUACAUUGUGCCCUAAUUUACAUUACAUUAAGCAAGCAAAGAAUCUGUUAGUGAUCUUUGAUUCAGAGCUUAAAUUUGAUAAGCAUGUAAACUCAGUGGUGAAGGCUGGUUAUACAUAUAUUUUCAAGUUUGGACUACAGUAAUUCGUUGUAUCUGUGGCUUCCUCUUGUUCGCCUUCAACUUUUACAAAAUGCAGCAACUAGGCUUUUGACUGGGACCAAUAGUGCUAGCCUCAUUGCAUUGGCUUCCUGGUAAUUUCAGGGUGCAGUUUAAGGUUUUAAUAUUUGUUUUUAAGUGUCCCAAAUAUAUUUUGGAUCUUCUCUAGCUUUACCAGACAACAAGGCCACUAAGGUCAUCUCAAACAUUACUUUGAAAGGUCCCCAAAUCUCGUCCCCGGGAUCAUGCUGCACCCUGCGUCUAAAAUAAGCUACCUUUGGAAAUAAGAUGAAGUACUACAUUGGGUCAUUUUAAAUCACGUCUGAGGAUGCAUUUACUUGCCCAGGCAUAUGGCUGAGUUAGCAGUUGAAUACACUUUGUUUUACUGUUGUCUUGUGUUUUAAUGUUUUUUGGUUUGGUCUUUUUUGUUUUUGGUUCUUUGUUAUUUAUGCUGUUGUUAUGUAAUGUUGUUUAAUGGAAAGCACUUUGGCCAACUCGAGUUGUUUUUAAAUGUGCUAUAUAAAUAAAUAAAAUAUAUUAAGAACCAA